AUGCGAGACCGUCUAUCUGCAUCUUCUUUCCUCCCGCUUCGGAACCGCAAUUCUCGGGGACCAAAACACACCACGUCGCGCCCAACCAUCUCAGGACCUCUUGGGCCUGUCCAGCGUAGCAGCGGAUCGGAUCUUGAGCGUGCCGAAGCAAUCACCGUCGUUUCGAGCAUCAACGACACCGAAAAACAAUACUCAGACAUCUCCCAGCCGACCUCAGAGGCUGAUUCGGGAAGAGGCUAUUCGACUCUUGGCCCUACUCGACAAGGUGGUAUCCUCAAGACUUCCCAAGCAAGCAAAGCUUAUGGAGCCCUCGAGUCUGUCAAUCCCGACCAUCGAAAAUCCCAAGGAGAAACCAACCCGCCUCUUCAGCGGCAGGAUGUCCUAUCCGGUCGUGGAAGCUACCAACCAUAUCUCACUUCUCAAAGACAAGCUACUGUCAAAGAUCGUCGAGUAUUGGGGGAGAUUUCCCACGCCAACGCUGACAAUACGCGCAUUCCAUAUUCAGAUGAGCCCGCUCUUACGCAGUGCGAGAGACUUCAUUCCCAAGAGAACCAGCUCAUAUCGCCUUCAGAAACAGCAGCCCAACUGUCCAUGGCAAGAUCUCAUGGAGUUAGACGACUGUCAGCCAGUUUCACCACAGGCGGACCGUUGUCCAGCAAUCCAACUAUCGCCAGCUUCCCCGUCAUGGCCAUCAAAAAUACCACACACCUGCGAGGGCCCCCUCAUACAUCCGUGCCUACCGAAAUCGAAAGAGGUGCGGAAGAGACGAUUGAAAGUUCUGGCGGAAACAGCCCUGAACUCGGAGGUCGUCAAAAGCAAUCAAGAUCGCCCAAAGGCGGAAUAGAGAAGCAGCGACUACCCAAAUCUCGCACUUUUACCGUUCUGUCCAACCUCACCGCCUCCCUCUCUAGAACAUCUCUAGCCAGCUUCACGGGAAGUGAUCGUAAGGCCUCUCUGCAGACAGUGGCAUCUCGCAAGACCAGCACUUCUUCGACUCUUACAACUAGCAUUCCGACUAGAACCCCCACCCCCAUGUCUCCUGAGGUCAACCCACUCAUCAUUACGACAGCGCAGCCAUCGGCUUACUGGUCAGGUCGUUUCAUGUCUCUACAGGAUCGUUUCCAAGGCGAAUCCCUUCAAGAGCAGACUCUAUCAAUCUUUGUCACAGCCCACGCCUCCAAGGCCAGUAUUCUUGCGCAACAACGUGCCGCCUAUCAAGGCCGUGGCAAUCUACCUCUCAGCACCACAACAGCCCUCGACCGCUACGGCACUGCCGCUAUUCAAGAAGCUAAGCGACUCUCGGACGAAGAUAAUUGCAGUCUCCGCAUCUUCCUCCACCUCCAAGCACUUUGCGGUACGCCCGAGGCCCAGAAAAGCUUGCACGCAUGGCAAGAGGCGUAUGCCCGAAGAAUGGGACGCAGCAAGCUCCUGCCAGAAGGCAUGAACUCGGACAGGGGGUUCGUUGCGCGGCUCUUUAGUGGAAGCGGAGGUGGAAGACGGAGCUUCGGCAGCUCCCAGUUGGAGAGAGAAGCUGGUAAAGGCAAGCAAGGGAACGCCAUGCGAGCAAGCAUUAUGUGA